AUGGCGGAGGUGUUGAAUGGAAUCUUCGCUUUUUUCCUGCCGGACACCAGGGCUGAAAAGCCUCUGCCGAAUGCCACUGGUGACCUCUGCGAAAAGGACACAGUCGCCAAGGCGCGGGAGUGGACCACGGAGUAUGCAAGCAAAUUGAACAUUCCAGCAGAGUGCAGCCCACUACCGGCCCAGGUCAUGGCGAGCCUCGGAAAGAGGAAAGCGGAUGAGAUCGGAGGAGACUCGGUGGUGGGCCCUCGACAACUGGUGAAGGCAAGGAUAGCGGUGGCAGCACCAACAGUUCCUGUUGGGCUCAAAGGGCUGCGCAACAGUGGUAACUCCUGCUAUUACAACAGCGUCAUCCAGUGUCUUGUGCGCCUUCCUGUGAUGCGAGAGUUUGCUCAGGCCUCCCAGCCAGACGACUCGCGUCCGUUCACCCUCGCCCUUCGCAAGCUUAUCACGAGCAUGUGGGACGCCACUUGCACGGAGGUCGCAUCCGAAGAUCUACGCGUCUGUAUCGUUGCCAAGUACCUCCUGGGAAGCCACCAGCACCAAGAUGCGCAGGAGAUGCUAUGGUGCCUGUUCAACAGUCUCCAGGACGAGGAAGACCAGCGUUUGCAGAGCAAGCAACCCAACUUUGCUCGAAUCAACUUCUACAGCAUGUUUUGGAGCACAGUUAGCUGUCGAGGCUGUUCUCACGCGAGUACAACAGAUGACCCCACUUUUCCCAUCUCCGUUGCCAUUCCGCCGCGGGAGAUAUCACCGAUCACGCUGUUGGCAUGCCUCAACAACCACUCAGCCCUCGAGUCAAUCGAAUAUACUUGCAGUGGCCCGAGGUGCCGGGGCGGUGGCGCCACCAGGCAGCUUCGGAUCCAAAAUGUCGCACCUGUCCUGGUCAUCCAUCUGAAGCGCUUCUCCUCAGAUGCAGGCGUAAUGUACGGCUCUUCCCUCAAACCCCACCCCGAUUCCAUCAUAUGGCGUGUCCCGUACGAGCUGUGCGGUGUCGUCGAGCACACGGGCACGAUCGAUCAGGGGCACUACGUAGCCUACGUGCGUGCCGAGGACCAGCGCUGGUACAAGCUCGACGACGCCAAGCCUCCGCGCGAGGUCUCCUUCGACGGAGUGGUUGCGCGGUCCAACGCGUACCUCCUUUUCUACGUGCGCGCCGGUGGCCCGGACCUCGCCGCUCAACCAGCCACGUUGCAGCCAAAGGUCCCCUUCGAAGCACCGGUGGUACGCGCGGCCACAGUGACUCCAGGCACGAUGAUCCGCACCACCACCGCUACCACCAUGGCCCCUCCUCCGGCACCCACGUCGCUGGGGUUGUCGUCGCCAGCCGAGAGGUCAGCACGACUGGCCAUGGCGUGGCCGCUCCAGCGCGAGGAAAAGAUCCUCUGCCGAAAGCUCAACGGCGUUAAGCCUGCGGGUGGCUACGAUUGGCAAGAAUCGGAGCUGCGCUGCGUAAUUCACAAUCGCCGGGUGGCAGAGGGCAGCCACCGCUACGUAGUACUGAUCGACGUUCUGGGUGCUGCCUCGAAGGCCGCCCCGCACGUGCUCAAGGUCACCAAGCCCUUCAUUACAUCGCGGCUUCCGAAGGAGAUCAGCCUCAUCGCGCUGCUCGAGGCCGAGGCCGAGGCCCACCAGCUCGCUAAGCGCUGGAACGAGCUAAAGAUCUCGCACAAGCCGAUCCGCUUCAACCCGGUCCACGUGGUCCAACUCCAGCGUGAGCCGCCUCAAGUGGGCCUGCUGGAGCCCUUCCUCGAGGGGGCCUACGUGAAGCACAACGACAACGCCGGCGGCGUGUACAUGCCCGUCGAGGGGCGCGAGCGCGAGACACCGCAAGCCUUCAGCCACUUCACAUUCGUAGCGACCAAGGGCCGCGGGCUGGUGUGCGACAUCCAGGGCGUCGGCGACUUGUUCACCGACCCGCAGAUCCACACCGACCCGCGCGAUGAGUUCCCUGUGCCGGGCAACAGAGGGCUGGAGGGCAUGCGCGACUUCUCCAUGACCCACCGCUGCAACCCGCUCUGCUUCGCGUUCCUCAAGAAGCUCGACGCCGAGGCCAGACCCCUCCCCUGA